AGCACUGGGGCCGGCGAGCCAGCUGUUUUCUUGUGUACAAACCGCUGGUUCAGGGGCAACGUACUGCGGCGUCCUUUUGUCUGCGAAAAAGCCGCCUUGGCGACACCAGAGAACAACAAUCUGGAGGUGAGGGACAGCAAACCCCCUGCAGCAAAGAUGUCGUCUGAUCCAACUAGACAGAUCCGGAAGCUGACGAUUGACCACAGUGUCAAACUCAACGAAAUAGAAAAUCCGUGGAAACCCAGCGUGUUGGAUCGAACCCCUAAGACUGAGACCGAAAAACUAGUUAGCAAAUUCAGGAGCAUCCUGAAUAAACUCACUGAGCAGAAGUUUGAAAUUCUGGUUGCACGAGUUCACGAGCUGCACUUAAAAUCUGACGAUUUGCUGGACACAACGAUCAAAAUGGCGAUUGAAAAGGCUGUUAACGAACCUACUUUUUGCGAACUCUACGCUAAAUUUAUCAAGCGAAUUUGGUUCGACGAGAAUAAGGUCAAAGUGAACUCAUUGUGCCUGAGAGAGUUUGAGAAUCAAAACGAAGCCAAAUACCUUGAUGAGAGGGAAAGGUUGCAUAGGGACAUUGCCAACGCUAGGAAUGAGGGAAAGGAAGAGUUGAAAAACCAGCUGGAGGAUCAGUAUUUACUGAUGAAGAGACGAUACGUAGGCUUCAAUAGGUUGAACGGCCACCUGGCGGACCCGAACUCUCUGUUUUCCAGUGUCCAGGAGCUUUUGAGACGAAGCACGGAGGAAGCAUUGGAAAGCUUCUGCGUCGUGCUUUCCUUUGCCGGCCGCGACCUUGAAAGAGAAAAGGACCUGGGAGAAUUAUUUGGGAGAGUUGCUCAGCUAGUGGAAGGGCGGAAGACGACGCUGCGAAUCAGGUUCAUGCUGGAAAACCUUAUCUCUCAGAGGGAAAACAAUUGGGAAGCACGAAAAUCUCAUUCCUUCUAAAAUUCCAACUGGCUUUGAAAUUUUGAUUUAAGAACAAAUAAUACGUCCAUUGUAAAACUACCGGUCAAUAAACUGCUGAAUAUUUGUGAUGAAAAUAAUGGUAAUUUCAAUAAUAGCUUUUUAUCUUAGCUAGAUUACAUUCAAAUAUUAAAUAUAUUUUGUCGUUACGUCCUUUAAAUAUUUGUGCCCUUGUCGAGCUAUAUAAACUUCUAUGUUAUCGCUCAACUUGACAUUGUGGCGGCCAGCGCCACCGUAAACAUUAAAUUUUGUUUUUUCCUUGUUGUAUGUGUAUGUUUCAUGAUACACUAUUUCCACUUUGAUAAAAGAGUUGUCCAAAAAUUUGAUAAUAAAAUCUGGAAUGAGUAAAAAUAAAUGAAAUUACUCACUCCGAAUGUAAAUGUGAAAA